UUUUUGAGGAAUCACCUGAUCUGUAGUGGAACUGAGAGUUUCCCUGGAAAAACAGAGUCCCUGGCAGUCACUCCUGUUGAAGACCAAACAGACGGCGGGCGCGGGACUGUCACACCGCCGAGGAAUCCUCCCGGGGUAGGUUCAGGGACAUUGAGCCUGAGUCACUGGGAUGACAACAUCAAUUGUCACACAUACGGAGAGAAUCAUGUAGCAGAACAUCGCGACAUCCAUGUAACAACGUGCUGCGUUUAAUGAAACGGGAUGAUUACAGAUGGAAGAGUUCAUGAUCACUGGUUUGCAUAAUUACAGAGGCUAAAUAGGCGUGGAGGAGACUAUAGUGGGGAUGAGAAGUGUCAAAAGAGAAGAGAUGAAUCCCACAAAUGAUGAUCCAGUGUUUGGGACCAUUUUUGACUGGGACUAUCUCUUAUGGGAAAUUCGUUUGACAUUUUUAUCUGCUGGUUUUUUAAUCUACUUGGGAGUAUUUCUUCUGUCUCACUGGUUGUCUUCUUGGAGAAGUACCACUUACCGCGCCUUGUAUGCAAAGGAGAAGGUGUUUUGGAAUAUGGCAGUCACACGUGGUGUGUUUGGACUUCAGAGUUGUGUUGCUGGGUUAUGGGCUUUGCUCAUAGAUCCCGUUUUUCAUGCUGACAAAGUCUAUUCACAGCAAAAGUGGAGUUGGUUUAACUGUUUAAUAGCAGCUGGAUUUUUCUUGCUUGAAAAUGUAGCAGUUCAUGUGUCCAACAUAAUUUUUAGAACAUUUGAUGUUUUCUUGGUAGUUCAUCAUUUACUUGCUUUUGGUGGCUUGGCUGGUUUAGUAAUUAAUGUGAAAUCUGGACAUUAUCUGCCUUUGAUGGGAAUGUUGCUGGAGAUGAGUACUCCCUCAACGUGCAUUUCCUGGAUGCUUCUGAAGGCUGGCCGUGCUAACACCUUUUUCUGGAAGGCAAACCAGUGGGUGAUGAUCCAUCUGUUCCACUGCCGCAUGAUUCUUACCUACCACAUGUGGUGGGUGUGUAUUUUCAACUGGAAUUCUAUUGUAGAAAAUCUGGGACUUCUUCACUUCAUUGUUUUAUUCUCGGGAUUAUUUGCUGUUACACUAAUACUUAACCCAUACUGGACAUACAAAAAAACUCAGCAACUCCUCAACCCAACUGACUGGAACUUUGAAAAUAAAGCAGUGGAAAAUGGAAAAUUAAACGGUGAAACACAUCAAAAGAAGAGGAUUUAGCACUGAAAGAACAAUUUUCCCAGCAGGGUAACAGAAGAAUACAAUGCAAACUCAUUCUUUGCACGUGAACUAGAAGAUUUUGCAAGAAGCUCAUUGGCACAGUGACUCCUUGCUGGUAGUACUGUGUAUGCACCACAAGUGUUGAAAAGCAUUGUUUAUGUUCCUUAUAUGUAUACAUAAAAGAACUUCAACCCUUGUUAUGAAUUACACCAACAAUUUGUCACAUUGGACAUUGUUUCAUAAUUUAGCAGUGAUGUGCUCCUAAUGGCAUGUUUUUUUUCCCUAAUGCUUCAAAGUAGCUUUACAGUAAGUCAUCUAUUAGCUCAGCUUGAAUCAAGUUUAACUUGAUUAAUCCUAUUUCACAUGUGAUGGAGAUACUGAUACUGAAAAUUAUGUUAAAUUGUUUAUUAAGAACAAUUAUGAUCCAAGUUAGGUAUGCAUGGGUAUCUAAUUCCUGUGUGCCAGUGAAUCAUUCCAAGUGGCAGAACUGGUCAGUAUGCAGGUAGAAUGCAGUCAUGGCCCAGGUUUGGGUUUUGUUGUUGGUUGGUUUGUGGGUUUGGGGUUUUUUGGGUAUUUUUUUGUUUUUCUUUUUUUAAAUGCACUUAAGGAACAGGAAAAUAAUUUUUGAGUUUGAGUGUUUGCUUUCAAAUUUGUAGUUUUCAGCUUGCCCUCAGUAUGGGAGGAGUUCAUACCCUUCAAAACCAUGCAUAUGGAGAUCCAUGCAUUUGCCAUAUGAGUAGUCUGGAAGGUAAUCAUAGUGGCCCCUUCUGGACUUGAAAUCAAUGAAAUAAAGUGGCAACAUCAGAAGGUGACCCAGUAUUGUCCUUGAACAAAAUGCUGCUUGAUAAGUAAAAUUAUUUUGUUUGUAGGUCCCACAUGAGGGAUCAUGCAAUUAGUUCCUCUAAUGCUUCUGUUAUGGCUCCUCUUAUUUUUGAGAAUGCACUUAGGUUUUUUUUAAAUGGUUUCAGAAUCCGAGGUGACUUCUCUAUGGAGGAAAGCCCAUAUCACCUUGUGUAGGAAUUUGGUUGUUUUAAUAUUUUUAUUUAACUUUACAGAGCAUACUAAGUGACACUAACAAUCUGUUGCACUUUAUCUGCCACAUGACAAAAAUCUUUCCUUGACCUGAGAAACUGAGCUGCUCUUUAGAUAGGGACUAAUGGUGAUGGAUGUUCUCCCACUUAUAUUGGUUUGAUGGUUCCUGGGUGAAAUGUUGGGAAGUGGAUGGAGGGAUAACGACAGAAGAGAGUGACGCCUAGUGGCAGGAGAAUGACAGGGUAUUAGUUUUGGUGCUUGGAACAUAGGAGAUUUUAAAAAAUGGUUAAUUGGAACUCUGUGUGACAUGACUGCUACACAGAUUUAUUUCCCAAAGCAUUAAGACUGGGCAAGCCCAAGCUGUGAAGAAUUUUAGAUCAAGCCAUGAAUUAAAGGCUUUGUGGACUGAUCUGUGGUGGAGCAUAUUGUUUUAAAUGUCUGAGGGAAGCACUUUGUUGUAAGCAGCCCCAUUUUAUUAAUUUUUGGUGGGAAUGUCUUUGAUUUGUUCUGAGUGAAGGGAGUGGUUGGGUUGCUGUGUUCCCCAAUUCACUGUGUGUGAGCACAGAGUUGAAUUGCUGUUCUAUAACGGGGAGGAAACUUCUUACUUUAGGUCAUAAAUAGAUAGCCAGAUCUUGUUGAUAAUGAUGAAGUGGUUAAUAUCUGAAAUUGCCUAUUCAAAACCAGGCUGAGAGGGUCACAGUAAUUUUACCCAGCAGCUCUGUUAUUGUACUGAUAUUUAAUAGAUAAAAUCUAAAUUUGAAGCUAUCUUCUUAUUUCUAAGCUGGACAGAAUGAAGUUGCAGUGUUGUCUUUCUGUGCACCAUCCUAUAGUAAAAAGGGUUCUCAAAAAGUUUGAAAUGGUCUUGUCUUGACCUGUCUUGAGGAGUUACAUGUGGAAGAGUAAUGUUAAAAGUACUUUGGAAGACUCUAGAGGGAUGAAUUCCCUUGCUAUGGAACCAAAAAUAUUAUCUCAAUGCAUAUCUUUCAAAAUCCAAACCUCACUUGCAGGAGUUCUGGGGAGAAAGGCAGAGAAUAAGUCAUCAGGUAUCAGAAUGAUGGUGUACUCUAUGAAGCUUAAAACUUGAAGGUUUGGAUUUGAUGAAGCUUAAAACUUGAAGGUUUGGAUUUGAUGAAACAAGGUAAUAAUUGUAAAAUCCCAGCUACAGAAUUCUGAAGAAUCCUAACAGAAAAUCAGAAGAAGUUUGGGAUAAGUGUGUAAUUCUUAUAGUGGAUGGCCAAAGAAUGUGAAAUUCACUUAAGAAUAUGAAAUUUCUAUGUGUUAAAAGAAAAGAAUAUGGAGGCAUAGGGGGUUAGUAGUGAAUUGAGACUGAAAAAAGACAGGUGGGAAUUUAUGUAAUAGCACCAGAUGUCUAAAGUUUAAUAUUUUAUAUUCUUAAUUUGUAUAACUUUAUUCAUUGAAUUUUAAAUCUUUCAUUAAAAUAAUGUUUUUAUCAUCAUAAUGCAGUCUUUUUAGUUGCAUCCUAGUGUGAGUUUUUUCACAAAAAGACUGUUAGGGUUUGCUUGUCUUAACUGUGUAAUGAAUAUAUAGAGCCCCUGUUGACCUAAACACUGGUAGACCUGCUAGAUCAAGAAAGCUAUGCAAUAAAGCAGAUAACAGCACUUAUUUUAUUUCUGUUGUUUAGGAGUACUUUACAGUCCAGCUAGAAAUACAACACAACAAAAAUAUACAAACCUUUCUUUUUCAUCUUCUUCAUGGCUUAGUGUUGGUAUUACCAAUUCUGUUACAAAGCCUCUUUUUUAACACUUGACUAUAAAAGGACCUUUUAUAAAGGCAUGUAGCAAUAGGACAAGAGUAAUGGCUUUAAGCUAAAAGAGGGGAGAGCUAGAUUUAACUGGGAAGAAAUUGUUCCCUAUGAGGGUGGUGAGGCCCAGGAACAGGUUGCCCAGAGAAGUUGUGGAUACCUCAUUCCUGGAAGUGUUCAAGGUGAGGUUGGAUGGGGCUUUGAACAACCUGAAAUAGUGGAAGGUGUCCCUGCCUACAGCAGGAAAGUUGAAACUGGAUAAUCUGUAAGGUCUCUUCCAAUCCCAGACUUCUGGGAUUCUUGUUUUGGUUUUUGAUUCUUUUUUUGAUUUUUCUGGUUUAUUAUUGUGGAAGUCACAUUGCUGUGAAACAAGUCUGAAAAAAUUCUUGAACUGAGGAUUUUGGUGUUUAUUUACCCUUGUAACUAAGUGCCCUUUUUCAGCCCUAAGGUAGAGUAGCCAUAUCUUGUUUGUAAAUUUUGUUUUAGUGAAAUUAAUCUCAGUCCAGUUGGGCCUUCUUAAACAGCCUCAUUCACAAUCCUAUUUAGGAAAGUUCAGUCAGCUUCAGUAGAGGCUGGUUUGGGUCACAGGGUAUGCUGCUGUGGAUUUGGAAAACUUGCCUAACAUGAUUUUGGGUGAAUUGUUUGCCAAGGUGACUGCUAGGGACUUGGCACUGCUUUCUUGUUGAACAAGAAAAAACCCAAACAACAAACUGUGGUGAGGAUAGUGGUGGUCAGUUGUUUUGGUUUGGGUUUUUUGGGUUUUUUUUAAAGAAAAAUGUCUGAUCUGAGACACCUUGUCCAGUCUUCUGGUUCUUACUGUCUUCAUUCAACAUUCCUAAAUUAGAGUUUGUGUUUUCCUCCACUUCUAUCCAAUAUUUUUUUUCCAAAACUUGUCAUUAUUUUGGAACCCCUGAACACACCAAUUUUUAAAUUUUUAUUCUUACUUGCAGUACUGGUCAUGAUCUUUGAGAAGUCACAUUACCACCACAAUAUUUUUGUCCAAUAGUUUUCAAUACAUCCAGUCAGGCCCAUCUUCCAUUAAAUAUUCACGUCCAAAUCUUUCAGAGUGUUUUUGUAUUUCCUGAUAACAUGGAUUAAAUACUAAUGUGAUAUGUAGUUAUAAGAAACCCUCUUUAACCUCAGGGAAGCUCCCCUUUAAAGUGAAUUUAAAGGUAUUAAGCAAACUCAAGUCUGCUCUUGUACAAUAUAACAUUUUAAAAGCAUCUUUAAAAACAUUUAAAAGCAUCUUUACACUGUACAUAAAUAAAAGUAUUUUAUUGAA